AGAAACCGACCAGUCCGGUGUAGAAAAUGUUGCUAAGAGACUCCAUUGAGAAGACCAAGAAGUUCUUCAACGAGACCCUCGUAAAUCUCAAGUCUUUCUUCUUCGGAGGCUACCAAAAGCUGCCCAAGCCACCCUCUUUCCACCCAUUUUCUUGUGGCAGCAGCAGACAGAAAGACACCCAGAUAGAAAAGUUUUAUGCUGAUUUCUGCAACGAGUGGGGGUGUGAUCUUGACAAAGGCAGGACCAGAAUUCAGAAGGAUGCCAAAGUGCAGGUGAAGGAUGGUGAAGAUUCAUGCAGUGACACAGCUACGAAGCAUGUGAAUCAUCAGAGCCCUGUCGAGAACAAGCAACAAGAAGUGGAAGGAGAUAGAGAAAAGACAGACAAGAAGAAGAAGAAGAAAGUGGUGGGUUCCAAGUCUGCGGAAACAGAGGAAACAGAGAGGUCGAAUGCAGCCGGGUUAGUGCUGGCAAAGAGAAUGAAAGAGCUGGAGAUGAUGGACGUGAGCGAUGUGGAUCAUGUUCUGGACAUAGAGGAGGCGCUGCACUAUUACUCCCGUCUCAAGAGCCCUGUCUAUGUGGAGAUUGUCGACAAGUUCUUCACGGACAUGUACUCUGAUUUCUCUCCCACUCCACAACAACAACCCUCUCUUCGCACCACCAAAUCCAAAAAGAGACUUGGGUCCGUCAGGUUUUAGAUUGGCUCGUUAUAUCAUGAUUGGCCCUCUCCUUUCUUGUGCAUAGGAUUUUGAUUUAGCCUUUCUUUUUUUCUUUUUGGGUUUUAUCUUGUCAUUUGAAUGUGGGAUUUGCGACCCUUGCAAUUUGGUUUGUCAUGUGGCACUCUUAGAUCUUUACUCAUUCCAAAUUUGAUUGCUUCAAUCUGUCAUCUACGCUAGAAAAAGAAGUUUCUCCCUUGUGGCC